CCUUUUAAUAAGGGUAGGAGCUGAGUUAACUGCGUAACCUAAUUAUUAAUUGGCUUAACUUAGCCCUAAGAAAAUGGCUGACCUCACUGCCGACACAGUCUCAGUCAACCAAACCAUCAAAAAGCUGCAAGGGAAGGUCGUAGUCGUUACCGGCGGCGCCAGCGGCAUCGGCGAAGUCACCGCGCGCAAAUUUGUCUUGCACGGCGCACGCGCAGUGGUGAUCGCCGAUAUCCAGGACGAAUUAGGCCAAACCGUCGUCGCAUCCAUCGGUCCUGGUCGCUCCACCUACAUCCACUGCGACGUGACCGACGAGGACCAGGUCAGGAGCUUGAUCGAAUCGACGGUCAAGAUCUACGGCCACCUCGACGUCAUGUUCAGCAACGCCGGCAUCGGCUGCGCGUCACAGCAGACAGUGCUGGAGUUGGACCUCUCCAACUACGACAAGGUCAUGGCGGUCAACGCCCGCGGUAUGGCGGCGUGUGUGAAGCAUGCGGCGAAGGCGAUGGUGGAGGGGGGCGUGAGGGGUAGCAUCGUGUGCAUGGCGAGCACAGCGGCGGGCCAAGGGGGACCGAUGUUCACGGACUACAGAAUGUCGAAGGACGCGGUGAUGGGGCUGAUGAGGUCGGCGAGUCUGCAGCUGGGUGCUAACGGUAUACGCGUCAACUGUGUGUCUCCGGGGCCGGUAGUGACGCCACUGUUCUGCUGGCAGUUCCAGGUGGAGGCGGAAGAUGCGGAGAAUUUGUACGAGGCGCAGUUGGGGUUGAAAGCAGGGAAGAGGAUGUCGGCGGAGAAUGUGGCAGACGCCGUCGUUUUCUUGGCCUCGGACGACUCUGAAUUUGUUACUGGCCACAAUUUGGUCGUGGAUGGUGGGUUUAAGAUGUAGAUAGAUGCAAGAGUUGUAUCUCACCUCUAAUAAUCACUACUCGAGAAUCAUUUCCAAAAAAUAAAAUAUUACGAAACUAUGAUCAUAUUUCUUUAUGUGUUACCUUAUUGUAAUCUGAGUGGAUUAUGUACUUGAGACACUAUUAAAGAGUUUGGUCGCUCAAGUUUCCGCUGGAGGUAUAACCGUGGCUAAAAAUGUAUUACUACUAUUAUUUUCUGUUGAAUUGAUUCAAACAAGGUCUUAGAUUUGAGA